GUACCCGUGAGAUCCGGCGCUAGUGGUGUGCUGCCUGUUUGUAUCAGCAAUAAAAAGCCCCCAUUCCCCCUCCCUUGUCAUCUUGGUCCCUUCCUAUUACAUUUUUAUCAACUUAUAUGCCCAGAAAGUGUCGGCUUCAUCAUGUCGUCCGUCACUAGUAAUAUUGUCCGUCGAAGCACUGAUGUUGCGGUCGGGUUCAUGCGGUCCACGGAGACCAAGGAACCUAAUGGAGGCCUGGUGGCUUUGUUCGCCCUCAGUGCCAUCAUGCUCUGUCUUGCUUUCUGGAGUAUUGAGUAUACCUACGGCAUGGUGAUCGCCACUCUGGCCGCGGUCGAGGAUACCAACCCUGACAUCUAUGUGCGCAUUGCUUCCGAUCCCGACCCAACCAAGCCCUCCAACGUGGAAGAGUCGGGGUUGAUUGCCGCUACUCCCGUCAAGCCCAUCACCAGCAAGCUGCGCACCGCGGUGAAGCACCUGCGCAACCGUGCUGGAUUCUGGUCCCGUUUCCGUGGCAUGGGCAUGUUCCUCGCUUACACCGGUGCCCGUGGUUUCCUUACGUCUUGCCUUGCUGUGUCAAGUACUUCCUAUCUGUCCCAGUUUGUUAUUCAGUCUCUCAUCAGCGUACUUCUGGCUACUUGGCAGAUGGCUUGGGUGCACAUCGUCAUCUCGGAGCCCUCCCCCAAGCGCUUCUACCAGCGCAUCCCCAGCUAUAAGACUUGGAUCAAGAUUGCUCCAGCUGCUGCCCUCCAGGAUGUCCUCACUACUGCUGCAUUCUUCCUCCCCAUGUCUGUCGCCGACUUUGCGGGCUGGCUCGAUACCACCAAUGACCAGGACAUUGUACCCAUUCAGGGACUAUGCCGCUUUAUGGGUGUCACUCUGAUCCCUGCCGUUCUGGCAUUCCUCAUCUCCAUGCCUGCUCGAGUCAUCUUCGUCCGUGUGGCUGCCUCCAUGCUGCCCGAAGAGGACGAGAGUAUCGUGCCCUUUGACCGCUCUUUCGGGGGCAAGGUUAGCCCUGCCAUCACCGGUGGCAGCGGCAAGAUCGGUCUCAUGGAUGCAUGGACCACAUUUGACUGGGCCGCCCGUGUUCGCUUUGCCAAGGUCAUUGGCAAGACGUUCGUUAUGCAGGUGGCGCUUACUAUUUUCACCGUCUUAGUCCUUGGUGGUCAGGUCUUUUUGAUGCUGAAGACUGCCAAGCCUGUCAGCUCUGAUCCCUCUGCGCUCUAG